GUGAUCACCGUCUACAGGAAACAAUAUGGCAGCUUGCAUGUCUGCUAUGAGUAUUUGCACGAUCUCCGGAUCAAGAAGCAAUUCUUUUUCACCCUUUAUUGUCUCGGUUUUCAAACCCGCGGCACUGAACUAAACGGCAGUGCAAGUGGUCGUAUUACAAUCAUGGAUUGCGACGUUGAGUGCGCCGACGACGCGAAGAACAGCGCGACGGUAGUCAACGGAGUUGGGGACCCGAUGGAAACUAACGCCGUCGAUACGACCAAUGAUACGACUAUCGACGUUGACGAAGCGUCGCAGGCGAUCGCAGAACCCGAAUACGCAGACGUCGAUGACGCCGCCGCCGAGCAGCGGAGGCAAAUUCUCGAUACGGUCGCCGCGUCGGAUGGAUUCUUCAAGCACCAGCAGCGCGGAGAACCGGACCUGAGUUACGAGGAGAAGCGAGAGAUUGCCGAAAAGACGUUGGACAGCAACGUUCCGCUGUUUCUUCAGCGCUACGCUAAGUUCCUGUACAGAGAAGACGCCUCGUACUUCGAAGCGCUUAGGAGGGUGGAUUACGAGGUCGACUUUCACGUCAGGGAGAUCGAAAGACGCAGCAGAGAUCGUUCCCGGCAGCUGAGCGUGCAAACGAAAAAUAGACGAUAUGAGGCCCUCGAGAGACUUAAGACGGGUGGCGAGUACUUUAGCGACAAAGAGAUGCGACGGCGAAAUCCGUUGCUGUUCGAGCAGAUGAUCGGCCGCUACAUGACGGAGAAAGAGAAACUAGACCUGGACAAGAUGGACUUUUCGACUCUAACGUUCUCUGGCUUGCUCAUGGAGCACAUAGACCGGAACGAGGUGACGAGCCUGCGACGACAACAGCAGGACCUUGAGGAGGCGACGUUUGAAGAGAGUGACUCAGACACUGAAGAAGAAGAGUGUGAAGAAGACAUGCCACCCGUUUCUGCAACGGAAAAACGCCUCCUGCGAAACGAGUUUGUCAACACCAUGUACGAGAGCUUCCUUUCUGGAAAAGACAAGGACUACGAUUAUGAGUCUGUUGACAACAAUGCAGACUUCGAUUCCCUCCAAACGAGGCAGCACGACGAGGAGGAAAAGUACUUUGAUGCCGAAGAACCAGAGGUGUUGGACACAGUCACAUAACGGGGUUCUUCAAAUGCAAGCUACUCGACUAACUUGGACAUGUAAAUAAACUAUAUCCACACGUGA